ACUAGUUGAAUAUACAUGUAUUUCUUCCAUUACUGUAUUGGUUCUGCAGAUUUACAAACGCAAAAUGAUCCUUUUCUGUGUUUAUGCCCUAAAGCUGUAAUGUCACAGCUGGAGGAGGAGAGGUCCUCGCGCGCACUAUCAGCUCACUAUGAAGUGUGUGAAAGCGGUGUGCACAAGAGUGACGACUUAUUAUUUAUCUUCCUUGUAGCUGGAUGAUGGCUGGAAAAAUCAUCCGAAGUGAUGAGGUGAUAGAAUGUGGCUUGGAUAGGGAUGAGGACAAAAGCACCCUGGUUCAAGAUGAUUUACCAGGGAAGACGGUGACUAACAUAGCUCCAGGCAGGACCCUGCAGAGACUCAGUCCCAUACCUGAGCUUGGUCCUGGAGAAACUAAAGCAGAUCCAGCUUCUACAGGAUCCUCUUCUGCCCUCUCCUCUGUGGAUAGGCGUAGCUUUGUCUCCUCUUCCACAGACUCCUUACCUGACAGUCAGGAUGCUGAAGAUGCCUGUGCGGGGAUCAUACUCAACUGCCUCUUCUGCCAGUUCUAUGAUCUAUGUCUCAUGCUGCCUGACACAUGUAAACGUGCCACGACUCAAAUCUGCCCAGCCUGCAGCUAUUUGUUUGCUCCGUUAGAACCAGCUGAAAGCGGCGAUUGGAACCGUCACUGCGACACUGACUGUGGCCUUUUUGACGCCUGCCAAGAAACCAGCGAUUGUCUGGAGUUAGCCAUGGAGAUUUCAGAGAUUUGUUACCGUUAACGUGCUAACAAAGCCAAUAGAUUAGGCAGUAGAGUUGAAGACUACAGGUCUAUUCUGAAGCCAAUGGGUAAUGCAGCAUUUUCAUCAUUACUGUUUACUUCACCUAAUGUGGUGUCAGUUGAUACACUGCACAAACAUCAACUCUGAAUACAGUAUGUCUAUGGAGUUCCCUUUAAGUAAUGGUAAGUUUUGGCUUGGUGAACCACACCAUUGUACAAGUUUAAACAACAACCUUUGAAGAAACACAAAAUAGGUGGAGGUGAGUAGAUUCUGGAGAAGAACCAAGAGAUGCUGACACAAGGUCUUGUGUCUGCUCGUGGUAGUUUUAUCAAAAAUAGUGGAUGUCAUGAGGAGGUGGAAAUGGUCUUCAUGUUAUCCUUGAGCAUGCAGCCUGUUUGAGUUGGAGUAUGGUUGCUAACACAAACUGCAUGAGAUGUUGUUUCUGUAGGACACUUGUCUUUCUAGAACCCAUCGACCUUUGGUCUUUCCUCUAUUCAGGAAGACUACUCACUCCAGGGCACAGUAACAACUUAGUAGAUCAGUUCAACCAGAUGUGCGCUUGUCAUGUAAUGGGAAAGCAGUGGGUACAGAAUAUAUUCUUCUUGACAGUAUAGUGUAUAUAGAGAUACACUAUAUUGCCAAAAGUAUCUGGACACCUGUCUGUCAUACCCAUUUGUACUUAUUGAUAUUCCAUUCCAACAUGUCGCGCGCCCCCCUGCGCUGCUGCUCUAACAGCCUCUACUCUUUUGGUAGGGCUUUCCACUAGGUUUUGAAACACAGAUUGAAGAAUCAGUACUUUCUUUCCAAAUCAACAUGACUGGAAUUUGUUUUAGUGAGCUCAUUAAGCUAUAACGCAGCUGUCAGAAUUAACUAUUCAGUCACAAGAG